UCUCUUUACUCAUCUCACAAAAGAGCCAUCCCAGCUGAAUCUCUCCAAUUUAUAUUGACAACAAAGCUCUAUGAUUUAGAUCUAGGGAGGUGUGUACAGUAGACGUGGUUACCUUGAGGCUGCUGUUUGAGCACCUAGGGGCACGGGUUCACAUUAGUGUUCAAUUUCCUUCUUGAGCAUCUCUAUAAGAGAGAGGCCCUGGUCCAGCAUUUAUCUGAGCCACAUAGCGAGCGAUCCCAGCAAAGCCCAUCGGUCAUGGCGAGCACAACUCCCAAUGAGAUUUUGGAGAGUGAGCUGUGCUGCUCCAUCUGCCAGGACACAUUUGUCUGCCCAUCCAUGCUGUACUGCGGACACUCGUUCUGCCUCUGGUGCCUGGAGGCCGCCUGGGAGACGGCGAGCAGUUUGAGCUGCCGGCAGUGCCGCGCGGCCUUCCCUGUGCGACCCCAGAUGAGUAGGGACAUGGUCCUCGUCAACCUGACGGAGCAGAUCAGAGUUCGAGACGGGAUGGCCACGGCCGUUGUGUGUGACAACUGCAGUGGUGGCCAGACUCCUGAAGUGAAGAGCUGCCUGAGACGUGAGAUGUCCUACUGUGCAAGUCAUUUGAUGCCUUACUUGGAGAAUCCCAGGUUGAGUGACCACCUCCUGAUGGUUCCCAUCACGAACCUGGAGGAGUGAUGGUGCCAGGAGCACAGAAGGGAGCUGGAAUUCUACUGCACAGUAGACAGUAGCCUAGUAUGCUCAACUAAAAAUGUGUGCUAAGUGGAAUUAAGAAUGUGUGUAAAAUAUAUAGAAUUAAUGUGUGUACAUGUAACACAAUUUCUAUUCUAGGGUUUUAAUUGUUAAUUUCUAAUUGCUUAUGCCUCAAAAGUAUAGAAAAUGGCUAUUAUUCCCCACAAACUUUGCUUUUUUGACCAGGAAACUACCCAGGAACAUUUUUUUUUCUUACACAGCGAUUAUGUAUAGUCUAGCGGUAUGUACAUAUGUGUGUGUGAUCUCAUUGUGUAGGGGUAUGCAUGUAUGAUUGUGUGUUAUGUUAGUGAUUAUGGGUUUGUUUGUGCUUUUAUUAUGCGGUGGAAUUAUUAUUGGCUCUCGUGG